AUGCCAGCCAGUUCAGUAGUGGACCAACUAAACGCCUCAGACGACCUACUCAACCUUUUAUCAACUGAAGAAGAGUGUGCCGCUAUCCUAAACAACAUUGCCAGCAGUAGCACUAAUCAAUUUGAAAUCAUUGAAAGUGAUUUUUGUGAUGUGCAACCUCUAUCGUGCCACUUCAAUAAAUUCACGUGCGAUAUUUGCAAAAAACAGUUUUCAACUAAAAAACUACUAAAGAAGCACUUGAUGCGGCACAUCGAACAACCAAAAAUCGAAUGCGGCACGUGCGGCAAAAAAUUCAGAUUCAACUACGAACUAACCGCUCAUGCUCGCACUCAUUUUGAGCCAACAUUUCAGUGUGACGUUUGUUCGAAGAUGUUCACGCACAAAUCUCAUUUAAAUGCCCACAAAAAACGUCACUCGAAACAAUUUGUGGCAUUUUGUGACAUUUGCAAUAGAGGCUUCAUAUCACAGCACGAGUGCAACACUCACAAGCAAACGACUCACACAAAAAGCGGAUUCAUUUGCGAAACUUGCGGUCAAAAAUUAAGCAGCCCGAGUGCAUUACGAGAACAUUCUAAUAGUCACAAAACAACACACAAAACACAUGCUUGUGAUGUUUGCAACAAACCCUACUUAACUCAAAGAAGUUUAAAUAAUCACGUUAAAAAGGCACAUUCGCAACACAAACAAUACAUUUGCUCAAUUUGCCGCAAAUCAUUAAGCAGCAAACAAACAUUGGAAACUCACAUCAAAAUGCACACGGGCCUUAAAGACUUUUUGUGCACGGUGUGCGAAAAAUUUUUCGCCUCAAAAGACUACUUGGAGGUGCAUCAACGCACUCAUUCCGACUACAAACCGUACCAUUGCACGAUUUGUCCAAAGACUUUCACUCAAAAAACUAGUCUUACUGUGCACACGAGGUACCACACGGGCGAGCGGCCUUACAAGUGCGAGAAAUCCAAACUAAAGUACAAAUUAAUCAAAAAAAAAGCUGAUCCAACGGACCUAGAAGACACUCUAGAACUGACAGGCAUAGAUAACGAAAACCUAAUUAUCCACAAAACAACAGAAGGCUAUCGAUGCCCCUAUUGCCAGCGCAACUUUUCGCAACGUUGUAAAUUGAAAAGUCACAUCAUUGUCCACGACCACCAACGUCCUUUCGUGUGCCCUAUUUGUCAGAAAACCUUCAAACACAAACGGGUAUUGGACUAUCAUGAAAAAACCGUGCACGGUGAAUCUGAAAAUUUCCCUUGCGACGUUUGCGGUAAAGUUUUCGGUAAUAAACGCAAUUGCGUGGUGCACAGAAGUCGACAUUUCAAAGAACACUCGGUACAAUGUCCGAUUUGCGACAAAGGCUUCAUGGGGAAUUUUUAUUUGCGAAAACACAUGGUUGUACACAGCGAAGAAAGACCUCUACAAUGCCCCGUUUGCGACAAAACCUUCAAACACCAAAGAGUUUUAGAUUACCAUUACAAAACUCUUCAUGAUUUGGACAAUCAAGAAAAAUACCCUUGCGACAUUUGCGGCAGAACCUUUUCAACUAAACGAAAUUGCGAAGUACAUCGCAGAAGACACAUAAAAGACUUCGACAUUUUUUGCGAAUAUUGCGGCAAAGGAUUCCUGAACAACUUCUAUUUGAAAAAACACUUGGACACCAAACAUUUGGGCAAAAGGCACAUUUGCGACAUUUGCGGUGCAAGUAUCGGCGACAAGGGCAAUUUGAGAAACCACAUGAAACUACAUGAUCCGAACUAUCAACGUCCACCUCCCGAAGUCUGUCAGAUUUGCAACAAACCGUUUUCCAACUUGAAACGUCACUACAAAGCGGCACAUGAAAACGACGGCAAAAACUUUAAGUGUGACUUUUGCGGCAAAUUUUUCCGAGGCAAAGACGGCCUGAAGUUCCACCUGAUGGUGCACCGGAACGAAAAACCUUUUGCCUGCACUUUUUGCGAUAAAAAAUUUAUUUUGAAUACGUUCUUGCAGCAACACUUGAGAACGCAUCCCGAAAGCAACGUUAAACCUUUUGAGUGCAAGUUUUGUCAAAAGACUUUCAUUAAAAAAAGCCUGUUGGAGCAUCAUUUGAAUACUCAUACCGGUGCAAGGCCGUUUCAAUGCGAGUUUUGCUCUAAGAAUUUCACUAGCAAAAAGAAGACAAAGACUAUUGAGGAAACAAAUCUUGACUUCAAAUGUCCAAUAUGCGACAAAAAAGUAGCGAACAUAGAAGAAUUCGACUGGCACAAGCAAGUUCAUCAACAAGAUUUGAAUUUCAACUGCGAAAAUUGCGGCGAGGGCUUUGUUGACCAGCACGAUUACAAAACCCAUUCUGCAGUAGAUCCUAAAAAAGGCCUUUGUUUGUGCAUUUCGUGCGGCAAAGCAUUUCCAACGCUGCACUGUUUAAAUAAUCACAAAAAGAUUCACAAAAAAGAAUCCAGAAAGCCAAUGGAAUGCAAAAUUUGCAAAAAAAACUACAUGAAAAUCGAGCGUCAUUACAGAGAAAAUCAUUCAAACCGAGAUCCUUUGUACGUGUGCGACCUCUGUGGUCGGAAAUACAACCAAUAUCCUGAACUGAGGUUUCACAUGAUGCGGCACAAAGGGGAAAAACCGCACGUUUGCUCGUACGAGGGCUGCGCCAAAAGUUUCGUGCUAAAAAAGCACUUGACUGCGCACAUGCGUAGCCACACAGACGAGCGACCUUAUCAGUGCAAUAUCUGCGGUAAUCAGUAUACACAAAAUGCUGGUUUGAUUAUUCACAUGCGGAAGCACUCGGGCGAGCGCCCUUACGAGUGCGAUUUGUGCAAUAGCAAGUUUACUUCUAAACAAAAAUUGAACAUGCAUAAGGCUAGAGCACAUAAGGAAGAAAUAAUAAUUGAAUAUGUUGAUUCAGAAGAAGAAGAAGAAGAAGAAGAAGAUGUAAAACCUAUGGAUUCCGGUCCAGUGUUCGUAAUAUUAUCAGAAAAAGGUUACGAAUGUCCGUAUUGUCGCGACACCUUUGCCGAUGUCAAAGAUGUAAACGCUCACAUUGAAACCCACACCCUGCCGGUAUCAAACAGUUGCGUCUUUUGCUCACAAAUGUUCCCCAGCAUCAGAGAUUUGAACGAGCACUUGCGCGACGUUCACUACAUCAAACGCAAAUUCCCUUGCGAAAAAUGCGCUCGAGUGUUCAGUACCGAACGCCAUCUCUACAAUCACGAAUGUAGCGAAAAAAACAACUGGCUCUGCUCCAUGUGCCCUUCAUCUUUUUCAACAAUACUCCAAUUAGAUGUUCAUUUGAAGGCGCACAAUAAGACUCGUAAAAUUGAAUGCCAUAUUUGUAACCAGUUUUUCCAAAACAAAGACGAACACGAUGAGCACUUUAUGCAAACUCACUGCAUUAAAAGCGAAGAAGGUAAACUGGUUUGCAAUGUGUGCGUCUCUCAGUUUGAUUCGUUGCCGGAAUGCGUGAUUCAUUACCAGGAUCACUUGCCUUCAGGCAACCACAACUGCGAGCUUUGCAGCAUGGUCUUUCUAGAACAAAAGCAACUGAACGACCACUUUAAAGUAAAGCAUUCCGAUGAACGGGUCAUUUGCGAUAUAUGCGGCUCUAGUCUGACCAAUCAAAAAGGCCUGAUAAGCCACAUGAAGCGCCACACACAAUUCGAACGUUCGAUGAAAAACUCGGGUAAUUGCAAAAUGUGCAACAACAGAUUUUAUAAGAACCUCAAGCGGCACUUCAACGAGUCGCACGGCAACCAACUGCAGUGCCACUUGUGCAACAAAAUUUUUCGCAGCAACCGAGGUUUGACUUUUCAUAUGAUGGUGCACAAAAACGCGAAACCUUAUCAGUGCAAGUUUUGCGGAGUGAGCUACGUGAUGCAUUCUUUGUUGAAGAAUCACUUGCGCACGCAUCCCGAGAGCGGCGAAAAACCGUUCCAGUGCGAAAUAUGUGACCGGCAAUUUACUAGGAAGCAUGUUUAUAUGGGCCACAUGAAUAUUCAUAAUGAUGUUAAACCGUAUCAGUGCGACAUUUGCUUCAGGCAGUACACUUCGCAGAAGUAUUUGGGACAGCACAAGCGACUCGCUCAUAAGAGAAACUAG